CGACGCAGGGGCGGCUCGGAGCAGCCUGGGAGAUGUAGUCCUUGGACCGUCCCCGCUAGAGGCUGCACAGCCCGCCGGGACCCCCGCCGCCGCGCCCGCCGCUGCCGGGCCGGCGCCCUCCCGUUUCCUUCCUCCAGGGGCAAAAAAUGUCCUUCGGGCCGCUGUCCGGGAAGCGGCAGCAUGUGGCGCUCCGCUGUCAGUAGCAACAAGAGAAUUUCUCAGGCUCCCGUUGAGACCUGAAACGCCAAGAAGCCAGGAAAUCUCUUGGGCGGUGAAUUGGAGACGAGAAAAUUGGAGAAUAAGCAGAAAAACCACAAUCCUUAGAGUAAUAAGAAGCAAACACGUCUAAACGUUUCACUGCGCAAACCAUGCAGGAUGAUUUACUGAUGGACAAAAGCAAAACCCAGCCCCAGUCUCAGCAGCAGCAGCGGCAGCAGCAGCAGCAACAGCUCCAGCCCGAGCCCGGCGCAGCCGAAGCCCCGUCCACGCCCCUCUCCUCAGAGACCCCCAAGCCCGAAGACAGUAGCGCAGUGCCGGCCCUCAGCCCCGCCUCGGCCCCGCCAGCCCCCAACGGCCCCGACAAGAUGCAGAUGGAGUCGCCGCUCCUGCCGGGCUUGAGUUUCCAUCAGCCCCCUCAGCAGCCGCCGCCGCCGCCGCAGGAGCCCGCGGCGCCCGGAGCGUCGCUGUCGCCGUCCUUUGGCAGCACCUGGUCCACGGGCACGACGAACGCGGUAGAGGACAGCUUCUUCCAGGGGAUCACCCCGGUCAACGGGACCAUGCUCUUCCAAAACUUCCCGCACCACGUCAACCCGGUCUUCGGAGGCACCUUCUCCCCGCAGAUCGGCCUGGCGCAGACCCAGCACCACCAGCAGCCGCCGCCGCCCGCGCCGCAGCCGCCGCAGCCCGCGCAGCCCCCGCAGGCGCAGCCCUCGCAGCAACGCCGCUCGCCCGCCAGCCCCAGCCAGGCGCCCUAUGCGCAGAGGAGCGCCGCCGCCUACGGCCACCAACCCAUCAUGACCAGCAAGCCGUCCUCAUCCUCGGCCGCUGCAGCCGCUGCUGCCGCGGCCGCCGCCUCCUCGGCCUCGUCCAGCUGGAACACGCACCAAAGCGUGAACGCCGCCUGGAGUGCCCCGUCCAACCCGUGGGGUGGCCUACAGGCUGGCCGGGACCCUCGCCGCGCCGUCGGUGUGGGCGUGGGCGUGGGUGUGGGGGUACCCUCCCCGCUUAACCCCAUCUCGCCGCUCAAAAAGCCCUUCUCCAGCAAUGUGAUCGCGCCACCCAAGUUCCCUCGUGCGGCCCCGCUCACCUCCAAAUCCUGGAUGGAGGAUAACGCUUUCCGGACCGAUAAUGGUAACAAUCUGUUGCCUUUUCAGGACCGGAGUAGGCCCUAUGACACUUUUAACUUGCACUCCUUGGAGAACUCCUUAAUGGAUAUGAUAAGGACUGAUCAUGAGCCUCUGAAAGGUAAACACUACCCUCCCAGUGGCCCACCAAUGAGUUUCGCUGAUAUAAUGUGGAGGAAUCAUUUUGCAGGACGCAUGGGAAUAAAUUUCCAUCAUCCAGGAACAGAUAACAUUAUGGCACUGAACAGUCGGUCUUCUCUCUUUCCCUUUGAAGACGCCUUCUUGGAUGACAGCCAUGGCGAUCAGGCUUUAUCAUCUGGCUUAAGUUCUCCCACUCGAUGUCAAAAUGGGGAACGAGUGGAACGCUACUCUAGAAAGGUGUUUGUUGGAGGCCUUCCUCCUGACAUCGAUGAAGAUGAGAUCACUGCCAGCUUCCGCAGGUUUGGACCUCUCGUGGUAGACUGGCCUCAUAAAGCAGAGAGCAAGUCGUACUUCCCUCCUAAAGGCUAUGCCUUCCUGCUGUUCCAGGAAGAAAGCUCAGUGCAAGCUUUGAUAGAUGCCUGCCUAGAAGAGGAUGGGAAACUGUACCUGUGUGUGUCCAGCCCCACCAUCAAGGAUAAACCGGUGCAAAUUCGACCGUGGAACCUAAGUGACAGUGACUUUGUAAUGGAUGGUUCUCAGCCUUUGGACCCCAGAAAAACUAUCUUUGUUGGGGGAGUUCCACGACCCCUUCGAGCUGUUGAACUGGCAAUGAUAAUGGACCGUUUGUACGGUGGUGUUUGCUAUGCUGGCAUUGAUACAGAUCCAGAGCUGAAGUACCCCAAAGGUGCUGGGCGUGUCGCGUUCUCCAAUCAGCAGAGCUACAUUGCAGCCAUCAGUGCGCGUUUUGUGCAGCUUCAACACAAUGAUAUUGACAAACGGGUGGAAGUGAAACCAUAUGUGCUGGAUGAUCAGAUGUGUGACGAGUGCCAGGGCACGCGCUGCGGUGGGAAGUUUGCCCCGUUCUUCUGUGCCAACGUCACCUGUCUGCAGUACUACUGUGAAUACUGCUGGGCCAGCAUCCACUCCCGAGCCGGCCGAGAGUUCCACAAACCGCUGGUGAAGGAGGGUGGUGACCGCCCUCGGCACGUCCCGUUCCGCUGGAGCUGAACCCCGGGCGACCCAGCUACAAGUACUGGAGUAGAUCACAAGGAGGAAGAGAGGGCACUGCCUCAGGGCUCACGGUGUUCUGGAAAUCUGUGCAUUCGUUCUCGAUUUUUAAAGAAGAAAUGGGUCUUUUUAUUAUUAUUAUUAUCAUUUACAGUCAUAUUACUGAACUCAGCGUCCAGUAUAAUGCAGAAUCGCAGAGUGUGUAACGGUACCCAUUUGCACUUUGACUCACAA